CCGACAGGCAGGACACCCCCGGAGGGCUGCGAAGCCCCCGGCAGAGCCACCUACCCCUCCAGCAGCUCCUGCCCUGGGGCGCGGGGACAAGCCCAGGAGGAGCACACACACACCCCCCUCCCCGGGAGCUACCCCGACCCUCCCCGCACUCUGCUGCCCCGCAGCAUCCCGCGGGCGGACAUCCUGCCGCGUUGCUUCAUUCCCUCGCCUUUGCGACACUCGCUUUGCGACACUCGCACCGCGGGCUUCCAGCGGUUCCGGGGAGAUCUGGAAGGGUCCCACGGCCGGUGGUCAUCCCUUGGACUCACCCACCCUCCCCGCCGCCAUGUACAUCUCCAGGUUAGGGGACACGGAGCAGGUCAGCCACCGCCUCGCCAUGUCCCGCGAGUGCUGCCGCCUGCUACCGAGGGUUUUCGCCACCCUCCUGGACCCGCGGCUCUCCGGUUCCGACGACACCUGCCUGGAAAAGCUGCUGGAUUGCUUCCAGUUCCCGGCGAUGAACGAUCUUUCUCUGAAGCUGCUGCAAGAUAACCCCUGCCUGACAGAAUUCCUGACCUCUGUGCUGGCACUUCCAGAGCCCAGUCCAAGAAUCCUCUCCUUUACUCUGCGAUUAGCUGGGAUACUUGCUGGUUCUGAAAACCAGUUCCAACUCUUGCUGCAGGAGAAGCUGUUGGACAGGCUCUUUGGCCAGGAUGGGCUUCCAAACAGCACAGCGUGGGGGGAUGCGACUGUGAGAAGUGGGUGGGUGAAGGGUGUGCACCACAUGGUUUGUCACCAGCCUGCCCUCCACUUCCUCUGCAGCACUGGAGGCAUAGAUGUGAUCUUCACUCUGCAAGAAGAUCCCAGCCUGUUCGUGGCUUCAGCUGCUCAUCAGCUUCUGGUGAACAUGCUCAUCUUCUCCAUAGAGAUUGCAACUCCCAAUCCUUUCAGUACAAAGGACUUGAACUGGCCAGAGUGUGCUCAAAUGAUUAUAAAGCACAUAGAAGAUUCUCUGCAAUCCAGCUCUGCCUCCCGCAUCAAGCAGUCAUUAAAACUGUUAACUGCUUUGUUUGAGAGACAUGAUACUGGGUGGCCUGAAGUGCUCUGGCUAGGCAUGGCAAAGCAAAUAGAAUCCUUGUUGAUGGAAGAGACUCUUGAAGCACAGCCCAUGCUGGUGGAUCUUUUGUCUAACAUGGCACGGUCCCCUGUGUUUUAUGAUGCUGAAGGUAAUUUUCAGGGAUUAGUGACUUCUGUCCUAGAACACUUAACCCCAGUACAAGCAGGUCCUUUGGCAGUGGCAGUUCUGAAGUGCUGCAGAAGCCCACAAGAUGUGAAGAUUAAGGCACUGACUGUUGUACUUCAGCCAAUGGACUGUAUUUUGAGAGCAGCCUCCCAGCCUCUGGAAUACACAGGUUUGCUGGAUGAAUCUGUUAGUGAUCCCAUCACUGUUGAAACUCUUCUGUCCUCCAAGUCAUCUUGUGUUAGUCUCCUGUGCCAGACCCUGUCUCAUCUGGAGAAUCUGCUGUUUCAGAUUCAUUUGGAAAUGUAUUUACCUUAUACAUCUUUGCUGCACUCUGUCAUGACAAUAUUACAAUUUUGUAAUGGCUUCCUGACUCCAGCUUCUCCUCUGGGAAGCACGAUAAGCCGAAUCUUGAUCAAUUCCUCCAGAGUACAGAGAUCAGCUCUUGAUGUCCUAGGAAAACUCUCGGAGAUAAAAGCAUGUGAGACACUCACAGGAAGUGUAUUUGAUGUCCUUCUGGCAUAUCUGGAGAGUCCAAACACCAUCUCUACUGUUCUAACGAAAACAUUUCAAACUACAUCCAUGUGGUUGCUGUGCUUGCAGAAACAGUCAUGCUCCAACAGUCAACAAAUUGAGAAGAUACUGAAAGCUGUGUUUCUGGUGCUGCAGAAGCGUUUGUGCAGUCCUUGGUGGGAAGUAAGGGAUUCUUCUCUGGAGUUCCUUGCUCACCUGACUGAACACUUGAGAGACAAGGAGGAGUUCAGGAAGUCUCUACUGUCUUCAGAGGUGCCAAGGCUUACAGAAAAUCUUCUUGAGGAUCCAGAAAGCUACGUGAGAGCAAGUGCUGUGACUGCUGUGGGACACUUGGCCAUCUGUAAUUACUUUGCUCCAGAGUCACCUGUUGCAGGGAAUCAACAUAAUAAAGAGAACACUGUAGCAAAGCUUGAAGAAAUCUUGUCAACAGACCCAGAGGGCUUUCCUAGGAGGGCUGUGAUCAGCACCUUCACCGAGUGGCUGAGAAGAGGCUACAUAGGUCCCCUGGAAGAUGCAGAGAAGUUUGUCUCUAGAGUGAUCCAAACUGUGGAGCAUGACUUGGACUGGGAAGUCAGACUCGGUGGUUUGAAACUGGUUAAAAGAUUUUUUGAAAUUUUUUUUAAAAAACCCAAAGCUGACAUUUCAGAGCCCAGCACCAUCCAUCAGGAUGAGUGUGUGCAGGCGUUUUGCCGAGCAAAACUCUUCCGCUUUUUGUUUCGGUCUUUGUGUGACUGUGACAAACCUGUAGGGCAGAGUGCAUGUCACCUAUUGCUUGGCUUCAGGUCAUGGCUCUACCCCUUUCAUACCCUGGAGGCUUCACAAAGGACUGGAGAUGCACCUGCAAGACCCAGCAUUGUCUGGUUACAAAGCACUCUAAGACAGGGUUCUCUGGCCCAGAACUUCCCCACAGAUGGGGUGGAUUUUCAAGAUCCAAAGACCAUGGUGCUAGCUUUGGAUACAAUCAACUUUGAAGAGCUAAAUAGUGAGCUAAGUAACAGUAGUGACUAUGUGGUGAAAAGCCCUCUGUCCCUCAUCCAGGACAUCCUUGCUACUGUGGGGACUAUAGAGGAGAAUGAAGUAGACUGUUACUGAAAAAAACUUUUGCUCUGAGGCAACAGUGCUUAAGCAGUUUUCUUCUGAUGGAGAAUUUUCUGCUACCAGUCAUUAAGUCUCCCUUGAGGGAGGGUAAAAAGAAGUGUUGUCCUUAAUGGAGAAAAGGAUGGUUUUGUUACCUGUUAAAUGCAUCAAGCAAAUCUUUGCUGUAAUACUGAUGAAUUUUGUGUUAAAAAGUAUCCUCUACAAUAAACUGUGAUUUAUUUUUCAAAG